UGCGAGGAGCGCCAGACCCCUCCAGUCGUCAUGACAUUGGCCGUAACGAUUACGACUCGACGAGUACUUACGACACCCAAGCAUUCCACCAACCGACUGCUGGCAUGACGACUCAAAAUCAGUUCGAUUCUCACGUCGAUCUGGACCAAUUCUUAAAAGAGAUUUCCACCACCUGGGCUUGGACACCUCUCCAGACCACAAAUCGGAUCUGGAGAAUCUUGGUUGCAUCAUCGGGGCGUGGAUGGGUCCAUGGACGUCGACGAAGACCUCUACUCUUCUUCAGCUUCGAUGAUGUCUGGCGAUUCGUUCUCGCAGAGCCCCAUAGCACCUUCGCAACAGCAUUCAGUGGAUCAGCACGCCAUGGCCAAGCACCUGAGUCGCUCACAGUCUCCACUCAAAAGGAGGAUGACAGCAAAGCGCACAACUUCUGGUCCCAACAUGCUCUCAGGAUUGCUGGUGUCUCCUACAACCAGUCGACAGCCCGCGAGGCGUCGCGCAGGUACGGUUGCUGGUCCAGGGGAUCAGCUUCACGAAACUCAUAACUCGCAGCUUCAGGCACAAUCGUCCCUACCACGACCUGCUUCAUCUCAGCCGCUGCAAGACGCGGGAGUGGCGUCUUUCUCGAGCGACGAUAGUCCACUAGGUCAAGAGACUGGACAUCGACUCCUCUCAUCCGACCGAAGACAGCCCUCGUCCACUCAGACUUUGAAGGAUCUUGGAGCAGUCUACGAUGCUAAGAGCCAUUCUUGGAACGUGCCUGCAGAGGUGUUGCGCGUCUUGAGCCCUUCCCUCUCUUCGGAAUUUGCUUCUCUCCAGCUGCAGCGCGAUCAGCUCGAGCAAGUGCCGCCGGAUUGUGGCCAAGAGGGGUCAUAUCGCGGCCUGGGUCUCAUGGGUAGUGAUCUGCCCCAAGAAAGCGAAGAGAUGUCGAUGGACCCCGUCGCAGUGAUGAAUCUACCCGUUGAUGCCCACACCUCAUUCAAAAAUCAAGCACAGCAACGCUUACAGAAGGCCUCGGGCCAAAGCUGGGAUGAUGGCCCAGGACAGGACAGCGUCUUGACCAACGCUUCAUCCUUCGACUCAUCGGGCAUUGAGGACUCUUUGGCUUCCUUGAGAGACGAUCACCAGCGCCGGUGGGUGCACGGCCGCGAUACGCCAGCAUCGUCACCCGCAUUCAGCACCAAUCUACAGCUCCACGGGUUCUCUCCAGAUAGCGCGUCGCGAGUCCGACCUGAGCACGGUUCUCAAGAACAGAGUGCCGAUUUCUCUCAUCAACUCCAACGAGCACCACACCCUUCACAGUACUUCUCGCAGCCCCAUGCUCGGGAGCUGGAGCAGCUGAGAGGCCCUCACGAUCAGUCGGCAAUGACGUCUAUCGGCGAAUUUGGGCAGCUGUUAUCAGAAAGCGCGAUGACGGGUCAAACUAAGCCAGACGACUGGUCACAAACUUGGCCCAAGACGUCACUGCCUGCACCCUACAAUAGCUUCGCUAUGGCCCUCGAGCCCUCUCAGCAAUCCGACCCAACCAUGGCUACGAGUCAUCACAUGCCAGAUCGAAACGCUGUGUCGCCCACUGUCCCGACUUUUGUACACACCUCACAGAGCGCAGCAUCGUCGCGAACGAAAAGCAGUCGCACGAGAAGCCCAACCAAUGAGAGAGCCGUCAACACGACGGCGAGCAGUGCAUCUCUGAGGAGGCCACCUUCCACAAGCUAUUCGCGAUCGAUGACACGCCACUCGACGGAAGGUCUCCCACCGCUUGCUGCCGCCGCACAAGAAAGACGCAUGUCACAGACAUCAGUUAGUCGUCGAGUAGUAUCACCAUCGCUGGUCAUUUCGCCACGACACCGAGGCAUGGACAAGGCGAUUUCAUCCGAUGCUCUUCGCCACGGCGAUGCUCACAGCAACCCGAGUCCUUUGCUUGGCACGCAGAGCAGCGGCCUCAUCCCGACUCCGACCUCUGCAAGCGGCUCCAUCGCCAGUAGCAGACGUAGGCAAGGUCGUACGGGCACAGCAAAGCUGGAUGAGGUUAGCUCUGCUCUGGAAAAGCUUCGGCAAUUCUUGGAUCAGAAAGAGCCCAGUGGUCGAGGUCAUAGUCGCACAAUGUCUGCAUUUGCCGCCUCUUCUGGCAACGGAGGACAGGUCGGGCUUGACGAGACCCAAGGCGGUCCUCAACGCCUACGACACGUGCGAGGGAACCUGCCUCCGCGCGGCUCGCUGCACAUUUCCGCUGAGAGCCUCUCUGAGCUCUUCACUCACAACGAGUCUUCGAGCUCCUCCACGGCAGGCCAAGAUCGUGCUGGCUUAGACAAGAGUAGGGAUUCGAAUCCUGAGUCGGCAACCCGCAACAAGGCGAUCGCUGACCUACAAAAGCGAGUCCGCGAGAUGCGCGAUGAACUCGAGCGCAGUGGACCAGGAGCGAACUUUGAUUCGUCGUGAAACGGCUACUGGGCCUCAGAUACUUGGUCCUUCCGAGCCGUCUUCCAUCAGCACUUGGGUCUCAUAGCAAGCGCACAGAUUGUUUUC